AUGAUUCAAAUUAUAGCAGAUGAAUUAUUUAUUGAAGAAUGGAAAAUCAAUAGUUCUUAUUCAUUAUUUUAUAAUCAAUGUGCUCCUAUUUAUCGUUCUUAUAAAACUCAAAAAGAUGAUAAUGCUAUUUAUAUUAUAUCAAAAAUUUUAGGUUUAUACGGAGGAUUAAUUGUUGCUUUACAUAUUGUUGUUCCACUUACAACUAGAAUAAUAUUUAAUAUUAUUAAACGAUAUCGGAAUAAUAGAAUUACUCCUAAUGAAUAA